UUCAUCUCUCCUCCCCUCCCCUUCCCUUCCAAUCUCCUUCUCCUUCUCCUCUCCAACAGAAACGCGAACCCUGGCCGAAAGAUAACCCUGUAAUGGGUGCGGCUGCUAGCCUUCCCGUAACAUCCAAGUUUUCUACCGCAGGAGAGAAUGACUCGAUUAAGUAUGGCACCUCAUCUAUGCAAGGAUGGCGUGAACAAAUGGAAGAUGCUCAUGCAGCCAUCCUAGAUCUAGAUGGUUCCCAGUCUACAUCAUUCUUUGGUGUUUACGAUGGCCAUGGAGGAGCUGAAGUAGCAUUGUAUUGCGCAAAACAGUUUCAUGUUGAGCUUGUCAAUGAUCCAGACUAUGUCAACAAUCCGGCUGCCGCAAUGGAACAUGUGUUUUUCAGAGUUGAUGAGCAGUUGCAUCAAUCGGACGAAUGGAGGGUGUUAGCUAAUCCUCGUGGUUAUUCCUAUUUGAUGAGGUGUCUCAGGACUAGUCUUUGUGCUGCUUGGCCCUUGAAGGCACGUUACAUUGGGCCCCAAGAUGAAGGAAGCACGGCAUGUGUGGCUAUCAUUAGAGGCAACCAGAUCAUUGUUGGUAAUGUUGGUGAUUCCCGUUGCGUACUCUCAAGGAAUGGUCAGGCAAUCAAUCUAUCCAUUGAUCACAAACCAAACCACCGAAAUGAAAGGGCGAGAAUUCGAGCAGCAGGAGGACAAGUACGCAGGGAUGGGUUCGCUAAGAUUCAAGAAGGGCGAGUAGUCGCGACAGAAUGGGGUGUCUACCGUGUUGAUGGAAAAUUAGCCAUGUCCAGAGCCAUUGGUGAUUUUCAGUACAAGCAGAACAAAACUUUGGCUCCUGCAGAACAAAUGGUGACAUGCAAUCCUAGCAUCCGCGCUGUGAACAUAACUGAUGAUACUGAUUUUCUUCUAAUUGCAAGUGAUGGUAUCUGGGAUGUCAUGACAAGUCAGAAGGCGGUUGAGAUUGUACACACAUGCUUACAAAAUGGGAUGACAGAUCCGCGUGCCAUCUGUGGGACACUUCAAGAUCUAUGCCUGAGGUCGGAGGACAAUUCCACUGUAAUACUGGUCGGGUUCAAGGACGGCGCGCGGAUUGGUUCUCCUCCACCUCCACCCGGCCUCGAGCCCGAGGACGCCCCCAGUGACAUUGCCGACACCAGCGGGGAAGCCAGAGCUGGCAGUAACAACGAGAUCGUCGAAGCGAAAGCGCAACCCAGCUUGUUCUUUAUUGCAGAAAGCUCCAAGCAGGGUUUCUCCGAGCAGGAAUGAUGGUUGCACGCCAGAGUUUGAAUUUUGAUCAAGAAGAGAAAGCUGAUACACUAAGUUGGGAGGGUUAAUCUGCAGGUUGCAGUGCUAUCUUUUCCUCUUUCUCGAAGACUGAGUUGAUGUGUUGCUGAUACACUGUAGGAUGAUAGGUCGCUCAUACUUCCAGGGUCAGGUCGUAAUAGUACCUCACAUUGGAGUUUUGCUAGAGAUUUUUGCCUGAGGGCCACUUUGAUUCACGCACUUGGUUUGCUUGUUCUGAUGUUGGAUUUUGACUCUAUCAAAGAUGCUUAACAGGGGAAGUUUCUAGUCUAUGCAGUAGAGUACGGAGUACGUUUUAUGUUCUGGUCUUUCAUGUCUGAUGUUUAGUG